CGGACAGUACAAAUCGAGAAUUUGCUGAACGCGGACGAAAUCUGACGGUGGACGCAAAAAUUGUGAAAACGGUGAUUAACUGUAUUGAAGUGGAAGUGCAGGAAGCAGAAGUAGAAGAAGAAGAAGAAGAAGUAGCAGUAGGAAAAAGAAGCAGUGCAAAUAGAAUUCAAUUGAACAUUUAAAUUGGUUGUUGAAUUGUGAAAGGCGAAUUCAAAUUAAAAUUAAAAUUGGGUGUAAUUGAUGUAAAAAGGCGCAACACCACGUUCGUUGAACGGUCAGUCCUUUUAGCAAUGUAACGCAAUAUAAGCGCGCGCAAUUUCAAAUCAGCACCUGCAACGCCUGCGCAAUAAUGAACAAAAUCGUAGUGCCAUAACAAGAAAAUAACUGCACAAAACCAGCAACCAUAGCAAAGAGUUAUUUUACAAAAAAAAAGUUGAAAUACAAAUACACACACGCACAUAAAAUAACGAUAUUUUCUGAAGUGAGUGAGUGAAGAAAAUCGCCGCACAAAAUGGGCAAAAAACCCCAAAAGUGUCCGAUGUCGGUAUUCGCUUCGAUGGCGCUGCUCUGUGCCGCCACUUUUAGUCAUGCUACUGCGGCGCCUGCUGAUGCAGCCGACGUUAGCACCAGCGCACAAUUGGAUCCAUCAUUAAAAAAUAUCAAAUAUAUCGAAAACAAAGUUAUACCAGAUGUUAAAUCAGUCUUCAAUGAACGUCCCAGAGGCGAUGGGGUCGAUGGGGAAAAGUGGCAGCAGGUGCAACGUUUUAUGGAAGACGGCAUACCUGUGCUGGAACUCUACGGCUACAAGCCAAAAAGAGAUACUCCAUUUACAAUAAUUGUACCGAAAAUCGAUGUACGCACCAUUGAGAAGACGCGACUCAAGGAGUUCAUGCUGGAGCAUUUGAUACCAGGAAAAGUUUUUGAAAACUUGGCCGAUGAUGAAGUCUAUGGCAAUGGAAAUGGUCACAAGAUUCACCUAUAUAAAGUUGAGAAGUCGCAAAAUAGUUUGUGGCUACUCAAUGGAUAUCUCAUUUUAUACAAAAUGCGCUUGAAUGAAAACUUGAUGGCAAUCGCCAUCGAUAGCUACCUUGGUGACCGAAAAUCGCCCUACUCAAAACGCAACAUACAAGAACCGAAUAGUCGAUACAAUGAACCACAACGCUUGGAGAUGCGCAAUACCACCACUGCGCAUACCAAAAUCGAACCCAUACUAAAAGAGUCGAAAUCCAGCCCACUCAUGUCCUUCCUUAACAGCAUGAAAAGUGGCACCAAAGUUUUUCAACAUUUCCUGUCCAAAAGUAAUCUCACACAGAUAAUGGACGAUGGCUCCUACACGAUACUCAUACCAUCCGACAAUGCUUUUCAACGGUGGCAUCCCAUCGACUGGGGCUUCUAUCCAUUCAGUGUGCAUGAAUUCACCGAAAGUGUGUUGCGUAACCACUUCCUGCCCACACAACGUCCACUGCGCAUGGCCGAAGUGAAGAACAUCGACCAGAUGACGGUGCGAACGUUGGGCGGUGAGAAUGUGGUCUUUCGCGGACAUCCCGGUCCAACUGUGAACAAUGUAUCCAUUAUGUCCGACUACUCACUGAUAAAUGGCAAUCAAGUGUUCUUGAUCUCCGAGGUAUUAUUUGUGUCGGAAGCUGUGGUUUCAAAACUGCAUCAGAUGCACAAGGACAAAGAAACGCCACCGCUGCUCGCCUUUCCAUGGUUUGGUGCUCAGUUUUUGUCGCAUUCCUUUUUGGCACUGGAACGUGAUCAACGAUUUACGCAAAUUACAAGAUAUUUGAACAAUGCCGAAAUAGCACCACAUGUUUCCGGCGCUAAUUACACAUUCUUUGUGCCAGAGGAUAGAGCUUUUGAACGACUUGGUUUUGAUAGGCUCUCCGAUGAUGUCAUGGCCUCACCACGCGGCAUCAAAAUGCUGCUGAAUCACUUUGUGCGCGGACGUCUGUACGAUCGUGAUCUGCGGGACAACGAGGUAUUCGAAACUAUUGGUGGCGGCCAUAUUAAAAUCACACGCAAUCCGGGAAGCAAUGCAACCAGCGUUAAUAACGCCAAGAUUACCGAACACGAAGUAUUCGUCUACAAUUUGGGAACAAUGUUCUACAUCGAUGAUAUACUCUAUGCACAUCUGCUGCGUGAAUAUGUUUCAAAGUCGACAAAAACGAGAUCAGACCCCAAUGGUAGUGGCGGCGGUGGUGGACGUGAGUGUUUGUGCACUAAAGUGUCUAGUGAUGCGCCUUUUUUAGGUUCUUUGUUUUUCGAUAUCUUCUUUUCAGAGCGAAAUGGCGAUUACAUUAUUGGCGAUCAGGAUGACGAAUUCGAUGAUGAGAUUAUAACGCCGAAGGCACUACCCGUCCAGAUUUAUGAACUUCCACAAUAGAUGCUAACAGCAGUGAAUUAAAACUAUUUGCAUUGGUUGAUUGCAUUCAUACAUACAUGCAUACAUAUGGAAUAGGCCAGAAAUACGUAGUAGUUGAGAUUAUAUUUUCGAAAGGCAAAUAUGAUUAGAUAAAUAUUACUUGUGUAAAUGUGGUCCAAGCGAGCAGGCAGAGAACCACGGCAAUGUCAUUGUGUGUAUAGAUUGAUUUACAUUUUGUUAAUUCUAUGCUAUUGUUCGAACAUAUUUUAAUAUAAGUUUGUAAAUUUUUGAUUCUAAUUCUUUGAAAACAAAGAGAGAAAAAAGAAAACACGGCGGAGAGAGAAAAAAGAAAGUAAAUGAAGAGUGAAAUUAUAAAGUAUACUGCAAAUAUUGAAAUAAGCAAGCGAAAACCAUAUCAAGUAUAUGAAAAAUAAUUUGAGAAUAAAAACUUAUAUGCAAUUUCAAACAUUAAAUUAGAAAAUUUCCCAAAACAAUGUUAAAUAGAAUUAAAAAUCUAUGAGCUGGAUAUAAAGAAAUUCUUUUGGUAGUUGUGAGAUCUUUUCUUGUGCUUCGCAUUAGUGAUUUAAUGGAUUUCUCUAUGGUAUAUUAAUAGUAUGUCUUAGCAUACAGCACAUGUUAUAUAACUAAAAUAGUAGUACUUUAAUUGUAACGAGGAAGGAGUCAAAGUAAAACAAAAAAAUCUGAAAAUAACUUUAGAAAAACAACUUUAACAUAUCGUCAUAUAUAUAAACGUAUACAAAACACAAAACAGUAAAAUUAAAAAUGAUAAAAAUAAAGAAAAAUACUCCACAACUCGAUUAUGUAAUAUCUCAAAGAAAAAAGUGCUGGCAAUGUGGAAGGAACAACUAAAAAUGUGCGGCGGAUGGCAUCUCUAAUUGUGACAUGAAUUUAUAACUGUAGCAAUAUUAAGUAAACAAUUUUAUAUAAACACGAAAUUCGAUAGUUUGUUAAUAAUAAAACAAAACAAUAAAAUAAAAAUAAAUAAUACAAAACCUACAAA